AUGCUACCCAUCAAAGGGCAAGCUGGCCAGGAGGCAUUGCGAUAUUUUUGGGCCAGCAACCUUCUCCGAGAUUCUAAUCUACUGCAGGCUUCUAUUGCCCAUGCUGCUGUACACCUGGAUGCUAAAACUAAAACAGAGAGGAGUGUUUUGGCUGCCACCCAUCGGACGAGAACCAUGAAUUUGAUAACUCGGAGGCUAGAAAUAGAUGCCCAUAAUGGAAUCGAUGAUGAUUUAAUUCAGGCCGUGGCUUUGAUAGCCGCAAAUUCUGUAAGUAUAUAUCUAUGUUUGAGCCGGAGAAGUCGCUGAUAACCGAGCAAAGAAUGUUACAGGCGACUUGGCAGAAUCGUCAAUUCAUAUGAAUGCGCUGGAAGAAAUGGCUCACUUAAGGGGCGGCAAGGAAAAUCUAGGGUCUACUGUAACAGCUGCCUACAAGCCGCAGUAUCCUGGUAAGCAACCCCAUUUGACCAAAUGUACUUGAGCUUUUGUCAUCUUAAGUGUUGUUCAUUUUACCCCCCUUCCCCCCCAUUGCCAUAUCGAGACUUCCACAGACACGUCUGUUAAGUAA